AUGGAUCUCACAGCGACGUCUGUGGCGCCUGACUCUGACGAUACACUCAUAUCCAGGAUACGGUGUCACAAGGGCAACAAACCAUCACUUCCGCAAACCAAGUGUUGCUCGCUAUGCCCCGCGAAAUUCACUCGCACGACGCAUCUUAAUCGGCAUCUUCGCACUCAUUCCAACGAGAGGCUUCAUCGCUGUGAGACAUGCCUUUCCGAAUUUACCCGGAGCGACCUCCUCACCAGACACAAACGAACUUGUGGUGAUCUGUACAACAAGUCGCGGCGGAAGUCGUGUCAAGCAUGUGCGGAAUCCAAAGUUCGAUGUGACCUUGUGCAGCCAUGUGCCAAAUGCGUCUCACGCGGCAAAGAAUGCGUAUUCGUAAAUGACCCGAGGAUUUCCAGAGACAAGAGAGAGGCUGCUGCUGCAAAGCGCAAACGUGCCGCCCUGGCCAGAAACACUGAUUAUUCUGUGGCCUCGAGCUCGGAUUUGAUGGCCUGCGCAGACUCGUCGACUUCUUCCACAUCCAUUUCAUCUAUGUCCCCUUGUUCUGACGACUUGGAUCACUCGUUCGACAUCACUCACGCGGAGUUGGACUCUCCAAUUGACAUUAACAUAUUCAAAGCCGAGCUAGAAACUUUCAUCACUUGCAAUGCUUUGGACUCGUUACUAUCUCAGUCGUAUGAGUCCCCUUCUCCCACAGACGACCUUGGGUCAAUGCUUUUCAACGACUUCAUGUGGAAUGGGUAUCUUCCUGAUACUCCUGGGAUGAAUAGUAACCUCUUCGCACAAGCGGUUAUCGCGGCGCCUUCUCAGAGCUCCUUGUAUCUGAACCAGGAUCCUAGCGCCGGAACAUCUACUGCGUCGCCAUCGAUGACGGGCGAGCCAGAAGACAUGGAAACACAACACUAUUUAUACUUAUUCUUUACUGCUUUUUCGUCGCAUCUGUCAAUCGUCCAUCCCUCGUUCUGGCUCUCGCCUGAAGGGAAGCCGCCCAUUCUGCUUCGUGCUAUGCAAGCAUGUGGGGCUCUAUUUGUCAAGACACGCGAAGCAGGUGAUUUCGUCUUGAACACGGUGACCAGUGUUCGAGAAGCUUUGAAAGUGGAAGCAGCGCAAAGCUCUGCUGGCAUAGAAGAACACUUUUACCUGGUUUUAGCCGGCCUGUUGGUACAGACAAUCGGAAUGUUCCACCGCCGCAUUGAUAGGUCAGCCUCAUCUGGCGUCUAUCACGGCAUGCUUGUUCAAAUGAUCCGACGGUAUGGGAUUGUCCAAAGGUGUACCUCAUGGAUACCGCCGGACCUUGCAAAUUCAUCGCUUGAAGUUGCGUGGCAGGAUUGGAAAAUACAGGAGAUGAUCAAGAGAACUGUGUUAUUGGCUUAUCUACACGAUAAUUGUCACUGCGUCUUCUUUUCGCUCCCACCCUCCUUCCUCCCCACCGAGUUGGUCGAUCUUCAUCUGCCCGCUGACGAUGCCCUCUGGAAGACCAACACUGCUCAAGAGUGGUACGACGUCAUCUCUCAACCCUCUGCAUACGGAGCUGUCCCCAACAGACUCAAAGGGUACAGCCUGCAGGCAGCGCUCAUCAAACUCUCAGAAUCUCACACGACCGGACCAUCACUCCCUAUACCCCCUUGCGCGCACUUCAUACUCAUCCAUUCUAUCCUCUGCUCUAUAUACAAUCGAAUGGAUCGCCUCUUCACUCAAUCGCACCAGCUCAUAACUCCCGAAGGCAACGUCAUCAUCUCCAACAGUAUCAACCCAAAUCCCAAGGACCCCGUUCGCACGCAGUGCAUGUUGCGGAACUGGCUUCACAGCUGGCUGCAUGCCCCCGAGGUACCCCAGCAACACCUCAAAGCAAGAGGGGAGCCUCUCUUGGUGCAGAAUGCAUUGCCAUAUUAUUGGCUCGCACAGGUUUCCCUCAUCGCGAUCCAGGAUCGUAUCAUACUCCCGUGUUGUGUUCCCGAGACCAGGUAUCGUGUGCUUACAGGCUGGCUACAUCACAUCCGUUCAUUCUUGCGCUGCGGCGGCGAGAAGAUGGGCAGGGGGCUCUGGGAGGACUUGGCUAGGAUGGGGCAGACGCUAGCGGCUUCGGAUAAUGAGGACGGGCCAGAUGGUUUACUGUCGAUUGCCCCAGAGUCGUGA